AUGAAUGGCAGCCAAGUCAGCCUAGUGGCAUCUGAAGCCAGCAAUGAAGGAGGCGUUGCCACUUCGCAGCCCACUACAAAUGGAAAUGGCCCUGCAGGGAGCGCCGGCAUAAGUCAAACCGCAUCUCAACAGGGCAGCGCCCCUACAAACUUAUCAGGUCUCGUCUGUAAUGUGCAUAGGACCACAGGUGAGGAACCGCACGCGCGUGUUGGGGCUACUACCACUAUCUUGGGAGACAAGUUAUACGUUUUUGGGGGUCGCUUGCAUUCUCGAACAAGACCUCAAUUGACAUCGGAUCUUUAUGAGCUAGACCUGAUCUCGCGCCACUGGGUUAGGAUCGAUGCACAAGGUGACAUUCCUCCUCCUCGCUAUUUCCACAGCGUUUGUGCGUUGGGCGAUCUGAAGUUGGUCUGUUAUGGAGGCAUGUCACCGUCUCCACACAUUCGAAACUCAAGCGGACCACUGAAUGCCAAAGCUGCUGCUGAUCCACAACCCGAGGUUGUGGUCAUGUCAGAUAUCCAUGUCUUUGACGUGCCAACCCGGACAUGGACGUUGAUAUCUGCCUCAGACAACCCUCAGGGGAGGUACGCGCAUUGUGCAGCUGUCUUGCCCUCGUCUGCGGUCUUCACAUCAGCCAAUGCGCCGAUGUCGGCCAUCCAGCAUAACCCAUCCUCCUCAGACCCGCAUUCGGGCACACUGGGCGUCCAGAUUGACGGUAGUGGAGGAGCCGAGAUGGUUGUGGUAGGGGGCCAGGAUAGCACCAACAACUACAUUGAACAAAUCAGCGUAUUCAACCUUCGAAGUUUGAAAUGGACCAGCACCACCUCGUGGGAUCGAAAGUGUGGUGCAUACAAAAGCAUGGUGGCGCCUAUGACAGGGCUGACUGCUGAAUUAAUUGGACGAGGGGUCCCUUUGAAUGACACGCAGGCACAACGAACGAAUUCAAGACCAGGAACGUCCAUGCUGGUCUAUUCGAACUACAAUUUCCUGGAUGUGAAAUUGGAGCUCCAGGUACGGCAUCCUGACGGGACACUGGUGGAAAAGCCCAUGAGUGGCUCAGUGUCUCCGCCCGGACUACGGUUCCCUAAUGGCGGCAUCAUAGAUGGUCAUUUUGUGGUUAGUGGCACAUACUUGACUUCUUCCAAGCAUGAGUAUGCGCUGUGGGCCUUGGAUUUGAAAACUCUCACGUGGACACGGAUCGAUACAAAUGGCUCAAUCUUUUCCCAGGGAAGUUGGAACCGAGGCAUCUUGUGGAAUAGAAGGAAUACCUUUGUCAUUCUAGGCCACCGCAAGCGAAGUCUUGUCGACGAUUACAACCACCGCAGGGUCAACUUUAGCCACGUCUGCAUGGUAGAAUUGGAAGCGUUUGGCCUCUACGACAACCCCCGAAAGCUCAACCCAACUUCGGGCUAUGUGUCGGUCUCUGCACCGACUGUGCCUUUAUCUCUCCAGUCUGGACUUCCCACGCAGUUGGCGGGAGGUCGACCUUUCAAUACUACGGCGGAACAAUUGGGGCAAGCGGCGUUGGGCUUGAUCGAACUAUGCGACAUGGACAUUGUCGCUCUGGGUGGAGAGAAGAUUCCCUGCAAUUCCUACAUUUUGUCCCGUCGCUGGGGCCCGUACUUCAAUCAGCUGCUGACAGAAUCGGCCUCGACGAACGAGAGUACAAAUCUGUCGGACGCUACUAUGUUGCGGCCCAAUGCUCGAUCGCAAACAAGUCGAAAUUCUUCGGUCACCAUCACACCAAGCAUCACCAACGGAUAUCCGACGGGUGGACAAAGCGUAGGGGCCAAUGGAAGUUUGGACUCGCAACGAUCAGUGAGCAGGUCGACGACUCGAACAUUGGUGGAGCUACCCAACACAGUGUCCGUCCCGGCAAGAAAUCGACCUCGCCAGCUAUAUCUCCCGCACAUGCCAUCCACUAUUCAGUUGCUACUGCACUUCUUGUACACAUCGUCACUCCCGCCCGUUGGGACAACACUGUGCACGCCUCAGUCGCUGUGCUCGUUGCUUCAGAUGGCUCGAUCAUAUCAAGUUGAUGGCCUACUGGAAGCAACCGUCGAACGACUACAUGAAGUGCCGGAGGGACGAAACUCUGCGGCAGUGUUUAAUGCGGCAGCAAUGGCAGCCGGUGGAGGCAGAGGGCUUGUUGGCGCGAUGGUUGGUAGUCUGCCGGGCAUGGGCCGACGAGAGAGCGAGGCUACAACUAUCGGUGACCCUUCGUUGUCGUCCAAGACAGCCGGACUGAAACUGGACUCUGGGUUCGAAGAGGUCAAGAAACGAGGACACACAAAGACAAACUCGACGGAUUCGGCAUCGACGGCAACAUCGGCGUCCAACUCGACGGAUGUGUCGCACACAGAUAAUGAGAAUUCUCCGCUGGAAGAGAGUGGAGGAGCGGGAGGACGAGGAGAUGGAGAGAAUCGAGAGAUGUGGACGGGAGAUUUGAGUUCGGUGAUUGGACUUCAGAAGCGAGGGCUUCGAGGUCUCAUGGAGGGUCGCAGAUUGCGAGAGAGAGCCAACACUGGAGCAGCAGGCGGUGGUGAAUAA